CCUCCUCCAUCACCACCAGGCCUCUUCGGGCACAUUUACGCACCCCAGGACUGUUUGUGCCUGGUGCUCCGCUACGCGGGAGAGGGGAGAAGGGGGGAUCUUCCUGGAGGAGAGUGAAACGGAGAGGCAGAGCUGGACCACAACAGACCGUAGAAACCAGGAGUCACGGGCGUAAACUGUAAAAACCCAAACUAACCGGAGGGUCUUUCGCGCUAAAGGUGCUGGUAACCCUGUUUGCUGCUGAAAGACGGGCAGUGAGAGCCAGUGAAGGCGAGCGCUCGGGCACAGAGGCGGCUGGGCAGGAGGCGCCAUGGCAGGGGCCUCAGUGAAGGUGGCGGUGCGGGUCCGCCCCUUCAACUCGCGGGAGAUGAGCAAGGACAGCAAGUGCAUCAUCCAGAUGACUGGCAACACCACCACGAUCCUCAAUCCCAAAGCUCCAAAAGAGAAUAAGAGCUUCAACUUUGAUUACUCCUACUGGUCCCAUACAACGCCAGAGGACAUCAACUAUGCGUCCCAGAAGCAGGUGUACCGAGACAUCGGGGAGGAGAUGCUGCUCCACGCCUUUGAGGGCUACAACGUCUGCAUCUUCGCUUACGGCCAGACGGGAGCCGGCAAGUCCUACACCAUGAUGGGGAGACAAGAGACGGACCAGCAAGGCAUCAUCCCUCUGCUGUGCGAAGACUUGUUCACCAAGAUUAAUGACAACAAUGACAACAGCAUGGCCUACUCCGUGGAGGUGAGCUACAUGGAGAUCUACUGUGAGCGUGUGCGUGACCUGCUGAACCCCAAGAACAAGGGGAACCUGCGGGUGAGAGAGCACCCCCUUCUCGGCCCGUAUGUGGAGGACCUGUCCAAGCUGGCCGUCACCUCCUACAACGACAUCCAAGACCUGAUGGACUCAGGAAACAAAGCUAGGACUGUGGCUGCCACCAACAUGAACGAGACGAGCAGCCGGUCGCACGCUGUCUUCAACAUCAUCUUCACCCAAAAGCGCCAUGACUCCGGGACCGAAAACACCUCUGAGAAGGUCAGCAAAAUCAGCCUCGUGGAUCUGGCCGGCAGCGAGAGGGCCGACUCCACGGGGGCCAAAGGCACCAGACUGAAGGAAGGAGCAAAUAUCAACAAAUCCCUCACCACUUUGGGGAAGGUCAUAUCAGCCUUGGCAGAGGUGGACUCUGGAACAAACAAAAACAAGAAGAAGAAGAAGGUGGAGAGCCACAUCCCCUACAGAGACUCCGUGCUGACCUGGCUACUGAGGGAGAACCUGGGUGGCAACUCUCGCACGGCCAUGGUGGCCGCCCUCAGCCCUGCCGACAUCAACUACGACGAGACCCUCAGCACCCUCAGGUACGCUGACCGCGCGAAGCAGAUCCGUUGCAACGCCGUCAUCAACGAGGACCCCAACAACCGUCUGGUGCGGGAGCUGAAGGAGGAGGUGGCGCGCCUCAGGGACCUGCUCUGCUCCCAAGGCCUCGGAGACAUCAUCGAGAUGACCAAUGCCAUGACUGGGAUGAGUCCGUCCCCGUCUCUCUCCGCCCUGUCCAGCCGGGCCGGCUCGGUCACCAGUCUGCAUGACCGCAUCAUGUUCAGCCCUGGAAGCGAGGAGGCCAUCGAGAGGCUCAAAGAAACGGAGAAAAUCAUAGCUGAGCUCAAUGAGACUUGGGAGGAGAAGCUUCGCCGCACAGAGGCCAUUCGCAUGGAACGUGAGGCUCUGCUGGCCGAGAUGGGUGUGGCCAUGAGGGAAGAUGGCGGUACGGUGGGCGUCUUUUCACCCAAAAAGACUCCCCAUCUGGUAAACCUCAAUGAAGACCCUCUGAUGUCUGAGUGCCUGCUAUACUAUAUCAAAGAGGGAAUCACAAGGGUUGGUCGCGAUGACGCAAGCAGCCGUCAGGAUAUUGUUCUCAGUGGCCACUUCAUCAAGGAUGAGCACUGCAUCUUCACCUGCGCUACUGGCCCCAAUGGAGAAGCGGUGAUCCUGGAGCCUUGUGAGGAUGCUGAGACAUAUGUGAAUGGCAAGAGGGUGACGGAGCCCACAGUUCUCAGAUCAGGAAACCGCAUCAUUCUGGGCAAGAGCCACGUGUUCCGCUUCAACCACCCGGAGCAGGCGCGCCAGGAGCGGGAGCGCACGCCCUGCGCUGAGACCCCCGUGGAGCCCGUGGACUGGGCCUUCGCUCAGAGGGAGCUGCUGGAGAAACAGGGCAUCGACAUGAAGCAGGAGAUGGACCAAAGGCUGCAGGAGCUGGAGGAGCAGUACCGCCGCGAGAGAGAGGAGACCAACAACCUCCUGGAGCAGCAGAGACUGGACUAUGAGAGCAGGCUGGAGGCCCUGCAGAAGCAGGUGGACAGAUAUUACCCUGAGGUGGCUGAGGAAGAGGAGGAGCCUGAAGAGGAAGUACAAUGGACGGAACGAGAAACAGAGCUGGCUUUGUGGGGCUUCCGCAAGUGGAGGUGCUACCAGUUCACCUCCCUCAGGGACCUGCUGUGGGGCAACGCCAUCUUCCUCAAGGAGGCUAACGCCAUCAGCGUAGAGCUCAAGAAGAAGGUCCAGUUCCAGUUUGUGCUGCUGACGGACACUCUGUACUCCCCCCUGCCCCCGGAUCUGCUGCCCCCUGAGGCAGCCAAAGAUCGGGAGAAGCGCCCCUUCCCCCGGACCAUAGUGGCCGUAGAGGUGCAGGACCAGAAGAAUGGAGCUACCCACUACUGGACCCUGGAGAAGCUUAGGCAAAGACUGGAACUGAUGAGAGAGAUGUACGAUCGGGCGGCAGAGGUGCCCAGCCCUGCCCUGGAGGACUGCGACAGCGCCCUGACCGGUGGUGACCCCUUCUACGACCGCUUCCCCUGGUUCCGUCUGGUGGGAAGAAACCCCAUCUUCCACGCAUGCAUGAGUGAGCGCAUGAGCGAGCCCACCCCUUCCCCCACCCUCUCCAACCCCAGCUCGGACUUAACCGAGCUGGCCGACCCCUGGCGUCGGGGGUGGAGGUCGGGGGGAGAGGAGGAGGAUGGUGAUGUGGAGGAGGAGGAGGAGGAGGAGGAAGAGAGGGUGCUGUGCCCGCGCUCUGGCGAAGGCCCGGACCCUUUUUACGACCGCUCGCCCAUAUUCAGUGUAGUGGGAAGGGCCUUUGUGUAUCUGAGUAACCUGCUCUACCCGGUGCCACUGGUGCACCGUGUGGCCAUUGUGAGUGAGAAGGGCGAGGUCAAGGGCUUCCUCAGGGUGGCAGUGCAGGCCAUCUCAGCCGAUGAGGAGGCUCCAGACUAUGGCUCCGGAGUCAGGCAGUCAGGUACUGCUAAGAUCGCCUUUGAAGACCAGCAGUUUGAGAAGUUCCAGACCGAGUCAUGCCCACUGGUGGGUCUGUCCCGGACAGGCGUGUCCCAGGAGGAGUUACGCAUCGUAGAGGGGGAGGGGCAGAACUCAGAGAUGGGCCCUUCAGCAGAUGAGGUCAACAAUAACACCUGCGCAGCCAAUCCGGAUGAGCUGGAGAACCCUCUAAAGGCAGGCCUUGAGGGGCCUCUGGAAGGGGCCAUGGAGCACCUGAGGAUCGGGAAUGUGUUCACCUUCAGGGUCACAGUGCUCCAGGCCUCCAGCAUCUCUGCGGAGUAUGCCGACAUCUUUUGCCAGUUCAACUUUAUCCACCGGCAUGACGAGGCCUUCUCCACUGAGCCCCUGAAGAAUACAGGUCGUGGGCCCCCUCUAGGAUUUUACCAUGUGCAGAAUAUUGCUGUCGAGGUUACCAAGUCAUUUGUGGAGUACAUUAAGACGCAGCCCAUUGUAUUUGAGGUGUUUGGCCACUAUCAGAAACAGCCCUUCCCACCACUCUGCAAGGACCUCAUCAGCCCUCUUCGCCCAAGCAGAAGACAAUUUCCACGAGUGAUGCCUCUCUCCAAACCAGUCCCUGCCACCAAACUGACGGCGUUGACCCGUCCAACUGCCGGGCCCUGCCACUGUAAAUACGACCUCAUGGUGUUCUUUGAGAUCUGCGAGCUGGAGGCCAAUGGAGACUACAUCCCAGCGGUGGUGGACCACAGAGGAGGGAUGCCCUGCCACGGAAACUUCUUGCUCCACCAGGGUAUCCAGAGGAGAAUCACAGUGACAAUCGUACAUGAGUCAGGGGGUGAUAUUGAGUGGAAGGAGGUCCGUGAGCUGGUUGUGGGGCGCAUUCGCAACACACCAGAGGCGGACGAGACCAUCAUCGACCCCAACAUCCUGUCACUCAAUAUCCUGGCUGCAGGAUACGUCCGACCCACGCAAGAUGACAGACAGUUUCUUGAUUCGGACAUGCCUAGGACCUUCUACCGCUUCGAGGCGGCCUGGGACAGCUCCAUGCACAACUCACUGCUGCUUAACCGCGUCACCCCCUACGGGGAGAAGAUCUACAUGACCCUCUCGGCCUACGUGGAGAUGGAGAACUGCACUCAGCCAACGGUCAUAACCAAAGAUUUCUGCAUGGUGUUCUACUCGCGAGAUGCCAAGCUGCCCGCCUCGCGCUCCAUCCGCAACCUCUUCAGCAGUGGGACCUUGAGGGUCUCAGAGGGUAACCGGGUCACUGGUGUGUACGAGGUCAGCUUAUGUCACUUGGCCGAUGCUGGGAGCCCAGGCAUGCAACGCCGGCGCAGACGGGUGCUGGACACCUCGGUGGCGUACGUGCGCGGGGAGGAGAACCUGGCAGGCUGGAGGCCCCGCAGUGACAGCCUCAUCCUGGACCACCAGUGGGAGCUGGAGAAGCUCAGUCUCCUGCAGGAGGUGGAGAAGACUCGGCACUACCUCCUCCUGAGGGAGAAGCUGGAGUCCACCCUGCUGCUGGGUCAGGAGUCGCUGCUGUCCUGCGGGAGCGAGGAGUUAUGUGACUCGCCCUUCUCCUCCUCUGAUGCCGGCCAGGCCCCCAGCCUCGGCCCCGACAUUCCCAACGAGAGGCAGAGAGAGCUGGCCGCCAAGUGUCUCCGGCUGCUCACUCACUCCUUCAACAGAGACUACAGCCACGUGUGUGUGAGCGCCAGUGAAAGCAAGCUGUCUGAGAUGUCUGUGACACUCCUGAGGGACUCUACUUCAGGCACCGCUCUGAACACCAUGACUCCAUCAUCUACGUGUCCCUCAUUAUCCGAGGGUCGCUAUGGCAACACUGAACUCAGACCCCCUACCCCUCGCUCCCGCGCUGCUAGUCCUGACCCCAACGUCCUGCAGGAGGGAGAGGUGAAGAAGUCCCCCACUGGACCCCCAGAGCCCAAGCCCAGGUCUCGCCUCUUCGUCCCUGACAUCCAGGAGAUCCGCGUCAGCCCAAUCGUGUCCAAGAAAGGCUACCUGCACUUCCUGGAGCCCCACACCAACGGCUGGGUGAAGCGCUAUGUGGUGGUGCGCCGGCCGUACGUCUACAUCUACAACACCGAGAGGGACACGGUGGAGCGCGCCAUCCUCAACCUCUCCUCCGCCCAGGUGGAGUACAGCGAAGACCAGCAGGCCAUGCUCAAGACCCCCAACACAUUUGCUGUGUGCACAGAGCAUCGUGGGAUACUCCUCCAAGCCAGCAAUGACAAAGAGAUGCAUGACUGGCUGUAUGCAUUUAACCCUCUCCUCGCCGGCUCCAUCAGAUCGAAGCUUUCCAGAAGAAGAGCUGGACAGAUGAGGAUCUAAGCUCUCCCCGACAGGCCCAAACACAGGAUCUAAAAACACACACAGAAACCAUAAACACACAGAGCAAUUGAAAACAUUUUCACACACACAUACUGUCCUAUAUAUUGUGUAAGUCGUAUUGGACAAAAGCGUCUGCUAAAUACAAUAACCAUAACCAUAACCAUAACCAAUAACCAUAAAAUACAAAAUAAGCAUACAUCGAAAACACACACACACACACACACACACACAAGGAAGAUUAAGACUAAUGUUGUAAAUAGACCACUUGACAGAGCCCUGUCCCCCUCUUCUUAACUGUGCCCUGUCUCCCCUGUCCUCUCCCCCAGUGUCUGCACAUGCUCAGUUAAGCACUAUCUGACCACCAGUGUACUGACGGACCCUCGCUGUGACACAUCUGUGGGUCCUAGAAUGUUACGCUUAAAAUCGCCAAGACUCGAGAAUAAUGUAAACUCUAAAGGUUAGAAAAAAAGAAGGCAAAACAAUAGCCAAUGGUGUGUAGAUGAGGCGUCGGUUUCUUGUUUUUUUGACUGAAUAGUAGGUGUUCUUCAGUUCUGAACCUUUUGAUCUCUUCAGUCAAGAGAGAGCAGUGUGUUGACCAAAUUGUCGAGAGACAGGGCUUUUUUGCUAGAUUUGUAACAUCAGGAAGGUGAUAUCCCACCCCACCCCACCCUAUGAUUGUACCUCAGUGUAUGAAAGAUAUGACAAAAAACUUGCAGAUAAAUGGCCUUAUUUGUGUUGCUUGUCCUCUAACAGGUGAACAAUAUUACAGCAGGUCAGUAUUCAAACCAGAAACCGCCAUUAUUUUCCAGAAUCUUCUUGGCUUCUGCUGAUAGGUCAGAUCAGUGAUAACUGAUAAGUCUUUUGCAAAAAUGUAAUCUCUGAAUGCUUUUGCAUCUGCCCAGUGCUUCUGGAACCCACCAUCAAUACUUGUGUAAACAUCCACUGCUCUCCAUAGAAAAGGUCUUGAUGUGCUUUAAGAUUUCAAAAAUGUAUGGAAGAAAAAAAAGAAACAAAUACAGAAGAAUUUAGCAAUUCCAAAAAAAAAUGACAAAUGAUUCUCAUGUCUUAAAUCAUGUCAUAACACAUUGACUUCCCACACUUCAGGACAGUUUCAAUGAUGUGCAUAAAGUUCUGCUGUACCCCAAAUUGUGGCCAUAAGGCCAGACGAGGGCUGUUGAAGUAACUCAUCUUUGUUUAAUCAGGAGUGAUAGGCUUUCCCGAUGCCCUGUUAUAAUUUAGAGAAGGUAGUUAAGUAGAUUUUACUAAGGUUAAACUAUUAGCUAAUCAUUAAUCCCACUGUUCCACUAAUAUUCUGGGGAAGAAAAGAUCUAUUUCGUUCCCCCCUGAUGAAAUAUCUUUUGUUUGAUUAAAAAAAAAAAUCUUUAUUAGAAUUUUUUAUCAAUGUAGGUAUUUAUUUUCUGUAACAUCGUAUGUAUUUAUUUCAGCGUGUAUUUAUUGACAAAGAUCAAAAAGUUUAUAUUUUUAAAGAAGUACAGUGCAAUUUCUGCAUAUGGCACUUUUUAAUCAUGAGUUUCCCUAAUCCAUCUUACUCACCCAAACACUAAUAACUUACUUGCCUUGACCCUUCUUCAAAUCAGAGGAAAUCAUGUGCUUAGUGUAGGCAGUUGAUUAGGAACUGCAUCAAUGGAUACUGUAGACUGCUUGAUUACUUGAAAUUCAGUAUGUAGAUCAGUUACAGAGCAGAAACUUUUAGCAUACAGUAUAUGCACACACACACACACACACACACACACACACUUAACUCCAUUACACAUGUAACACACACACACACACACACACACACACACACACACACACAGAGAGAUACAUCGCAUUUACAAUGACACAAAACUAGACUCUAGAGAUUAGACAAAUAGGUCUAGAUGUCGAUACCCCUGAAUAGUAUACUGUAGAAACAGAUAAAUACUCAAGAGUAAUUGCUCUGAACUGAGUCUGACCCGUGUCAGACAGAAACCAUAUCAGACAUGUAACACAUCAAACAACACAUCCUCAGUCAGAAAGACGACCUACGUACAAGUUGUCCGGCAGUCUUUUGUGUUCCCCUGGCGUUUGUAGCAUCAGGACAGGGCACUGGAGAAGGGUCUGGAAACUGAUAUAAUUUAGUGCCUCUCUUUUCAUCCAUAUCGCUACCCUGUUCCUUUCCUCCCGCCAUCUCUGUCAUCCACACAAGCUGCUUCAGUGUCGCACGCCCAACCCUCUUUGUCCUCUCAUGUGGUGACCCCAACCCCCCCCCCCAUGCCUAUGCUCAUCAGUUUGUACACACUGGCAAACAUAGUACAUAGUUUUAUUCAGUUUGUAAAUUUGAGUGUACAAGUUAUGCACUUAAUGUGACUGUGAGUUGUCACAUGCAACGUUUUCUAAGCAUACUGUAUCUAGUGAUUAGAAUAGAUGAUACAUUUCUACUGAUAGCUACUUAAAAGUAUAUAUAUAUAUAUAUAUAUAAAUAUAUCACUGAAAGGACAUAUGGACCCAUGUGAAGUGCGGUUUCCUCCCCACCCCCACCCAGAUUCUGGACGAAUGGACCUAACCUCAUAGUAUCCUCUUCAGCUAGUCAUGACGCAGUUCCUCUACAAUUCUCUGAUGAUGUUCUCUGGUCUCUCACUCUUCAGUGCAGCGCAACAUGCUUUUAACUCUCAGGCUGCAUUUCUGUAUGGCCCUCUCUCUCUCUGUUCGAGAUGCCUGCUUCCACUUUGGAAUGCCAUGGUUGCAAAACAGCUGUGCUAUCUUUGUGUUUUUGUUUGCCGUUGAUGAGAGUUUAGAUUGUGUUCAUGUCGUGCAACUAAAACUGGCUUUGAUGCUGUUAAUGUGGCAUCUAUCAAAUGUGUUUACAUUGCAGAGAUUGUACAUCACAUACAGCGCUUCAAAUGGGCUGUCUGUUGUGGUAAUUUAGUCAUUUCUGUAUUAUAUGCGGGACACACAUAUCACACACACCGCUCAUGAACUCACACUAUUUAUGCAAAUUAUCAAGUGAGGAGAUAAGUCCACUUAAUUAUAUUUUCAUGCUUGGACUUGGUAAAUGUAGGACACAACAGCCUUGAAGGUGUUCAGCUGAGCUGUUCUUGCCCUUGAGUUUGGGAACCAACGGUGCAAGAACCAAAACUGUUCCUCUCUGCCUCCUGGCUGUUGGCAAUGUCCAGAGUGUUGUCAGUGAUUGGCUAGUUCCCCGAAGGAAGCACCUAUCAGGGUGGAGUAUAGGCGUCAUCAAGCCCGAGGUCAGCCAGCCUACAGGGAUGACGAUUAAAGAAAGCAAUCAUAUGGCAGAGGGAACUGCAAUGGAAAGACCUCCAUUACAACCAAAUCACACACUCUGUGUUUGUUUCCCCCCCUCCAUGGAUACCAAAAUGGAGGGGUCAUGAUGUUAUUGGUUAAUCAUUUAUUUGCUGAUAUUAGUUACAGAGCUUAUCAAAAUACUGAACUUAUCAAAUGUCCCCACCAGACAAGUCACCGCCCCACAUCAUCAGCCUAAGUGUACUGCUUGCGUUGUUCUGCGUUUGUAAUCGAGUAGCGCAUGCAAUCUUUAUGGCAAGGCCUGGCUGGGCUGGGAGAGAGUCUCGGCUCAUUGCAUCCAUAGUAAACAUCUCACAUGCUACAGUGUGAACAGUUCAGUUCUUUUGACCAGUCUAAUCACUCCAAUCCUGGUCAUGGGUCGGUCCUCUAGAUUGUGCUGUAAGUGCAUCGUUUAAACACUAAAGAGAUGUAAAUAUCAAACUAAGGGGAUUGUUGAGUUUUUUUUUAUUUGCUGUGAAUUCAUUUAGAGGGAAGUUACCGUUCUUUCAGCUAGGUUAUACAGUAGGUAGAUCGAAGAGGUGUAGUGAGCACAUUUAAUGGAAUGGGCUCUACUACGCACCAGCGGGGUAUGAGAUGAUGAAGAAUCUGCACAUCUCUUGGCCAGCACAGUUUUUGAUAAAGUGUUUACAGAGUGGAGUAAUCAUCUUCAUCAUCAUUAUCAUUGUCACCACCACCAUUAACACCAACCCACUGUCCACACUCCAAACAGCCUCUACAAAACAGAUUUCCAUCAGGCACAGUAUUUGUGUGCUUUCAUUUUUCUUUCCAUUCAGUGUGCACAAAGCAAAACAAAGCAUAAAGUCAUGGGCAUUUUUUUUUCUAUUUUCUCUCUUAUCUUCUUCUGGAUGUUAUUUUGCAUUGUAUAUAAACAUGAUUGCUGUGAAUGGUGUUUUAUGCUGCGGUAAGCUGUUUAUUCCAUUUUAAAUGGGCAGUAGUUCAAUGUCUCUAUUUGAGUGUUGGAGUUUAACGAGUCAAAUGUUUGUGUACACUUAACACAUUGUCAGAUAUCAAAUAAACGUGGAACUUAUGCAACACUA